UGAUCGUAAUGAUGAAGCAUCUUCUGAACUCUGCUGGUUUCUCAGGGAAGUUUAACUGGAAAGGGACCAUAAAGGCGGUUCUGAGAGACGCUCCGGAGGACGGACUCGCUGUCAAGAAACUCCGCAAGAAGGUUUUAGCAGCGUAUCACUCGUUCACUGGAGACUCAAACUUCAGAUCGGAAGAGGAGCUUCUGUCUCUGUUCAACAGAAAGAUCAACAACAACCCCAAGUUUAAGAUCCUCAAAGACAGAGUCAGACUGCUGAAAUGACGGACGCUGUUCAUCAUCAUCAUCAUCUCUAGCUGUAAUAAAUGCUGCGAGUGAACCUGUCUGUC